GGCGGGAAUCCUUGACCCUAAACCUCUUCCUGUGUUGGGGUGCGACCCCCAUCUGCUUUAGCCCCCCGGCGUUUGGGGGGCUGGGUGUGGGGGGAUCCCCUGUCUCCCAGAUCUGGCCCCCCCGGCUGGGAUCUACCCCCCACACCUCAGAUUCACCCCCCCCAUUUCCCAGGGGGCGGGGAGAGAAAACUUUUCUCCCCUUCUGAUCCCCAAGGUGGAAACUUCCGUGUUUCGGUUGCGGGGUUGCCCCGUGGAGGGGUUCCCGAAUUUAUAAAGUCGGGGUGUCCUGUCCCCCCUUGUCCAGUCCGGCGGGGGGGGGGGAGUUCAACUGUAACCCUUCCCCCGCAUUGGGAAUCAAAAGGGGAAGUGUGGGAGGGCAGGGAGCAGGAGGGAGCGGCUAGGCCCCCCAUUACGCUCCCACUCAGAAAUCAAGUUGGGACCCCCCCACACACACACCCUGAACCCCCCGACCCCAGACCUCUGGAAAUCAGAGGAAUUCUGCCCCCUAUUGAGCUCCCUCAAAGAGGUCUGGUGAGUGACUUUGAUUCUUACGAACCCCCCCCCAUCCAGUUAACUGAACCUGACCCCCCCACCUCGCUGCCCCCCAUUUUUCAAAAUCCCUGAUUUUUUUUAAACUUUGGCCCCCCAAAAUAACCCAAUUUGGGGGGUGUGAAAACUUUUAAAAAACGUUUUCCCCUAGAUACCCUGCAUUCCCCAGGAUCCCCCCCCGUCACACUUCCACACAUCCCCCGCCCCAGGACUCCCAUCACGCCCCCGGGUGCCCCACCUCUGGCUUUGGCCCCUUCUGGGGGCAGUGGGGGGGGUGUUUAAGAGCCUGGGAAACAGAGGGGUCCCCCGUUGGUCAGACCUAGAGGGGAGGUGCCUGGAUCCCCUGACUGGGGUGCAAGGGGGCAGGCUGCCUGUGGAAGACGGGGGAAGGGGGCUCCAGGGGAGGGGAGCAGGGCAUGGAGGAGAUUUUCGGGGAGGAAGGGGAGUCGGCCUCCCCUGCGCUCUGCGAAGAGCUGGUUUCGGGGCUGGCCGUGGGGCUGUAUGGAGAGCUGGAGCGGCUAGUGGGGGCCUAUGGGCGGGGGGCAGUGGCCGGGCUGCUGCCCCAGCUGGUCUCAGUGCUGGAGGCUCUGGAGCGAGCCGGUGGGCAGAUCCGGGAGCGGGAUGAGGCGCUGGAGCUGCUGCGGGACGACCAGCUCGGGCUCCUGGGCCAGUACGAGCGGGAGCGGGCCGGGCGCAAGAGAGCCGAGGAGCGCUACAUGGAGCUGGAGGACGCGGUGGAGCAGGAGCGCAAGGGUCACAGGGCGGCGCUGAGCCGGCUGGACGGGCAGAGCCGGCGGCUGGAGGAGAAGGCCCGGAGCUACGCGGACCAGUUGGCCAGCUUGGAGGAACAGAAAAUUGCCUUGCUCAAGGAGCUGUCAGCCCUGGCCCAGACCCACGGCAAGAUGGUUCAGAGCUACAAGGAGCUGAAGGCCCUGACGGUGCUGCCCCCUGCCCCCGUGGCCCCCCGGCCCAGCAGCGCUGCGUCCGACCCCCACUGGCCUCCCCUGUUUCUCCCCAGCACCUCGGACCCUGGCUGCCCCGGAGCCCCCAAGGGCGCUGCAGAGGUUCCGGGCCCAGCCCCGGUGGAGGGGACCCCUGACCCCCUGCAGGACGGGGCGGGCCCCACCGGGAACAGCCACCCGCUGGCUCAGGAGCUGCCCCUGCCCACCAGAGACGGCUCCCCGCAGAGGUGCCAGGAGUUGGCCGAGAUCUUGAGCUCCACCCCGGAGUUGGACCCCACUCCAGAUCUGCCAGCCAGCCCCCCAACCCCACAACGCAACAUGGAGUCGCUGUUCGCUGAGGUGUCGGGCCUGAGCCUCGAGCUGCUGGGGGAUGUGGACGAGGGGGCCGAUCUGCAGGGUGACGCCGUGCAGACCCUGAUGAUGGAGAACGCCGAGCUCCGGGAUACCAGGCUGGUGCUGGACACUGCGCGCCGACACCUCAUUGCCCGGGUGGAGGAGCUGACGGGCGAGCGGGAGUCGCUGCGGGGGGAGCAGGACGGGGCCGCCGAGGCCCUGAGCCGCUGCCAGGGGCGUCUGCGUGAGACCGAGCAGGAUCUGAGCAGGAUUCGGCAGGAGCUGGAGGAAAUCAAGAAGCAAAACAGUGACGACGCUGAGGUGGAGGCCCCGGCCUCGCAGCGGAAGCGGUUCACGCGGGCGGAGAUGGCGCGGGUGCUGACCGAGCGCAACCUUUACAAGGAGCGGCUGAUGGAGCUGCAGGACGCCGUGAGGCGCACGGAGCUGCUCCGAGCAUCUCGGGAGGUCCAGGCGGCACAGAUGAAGAAAUCAUCCUUCUGGAAAUUCUUCGACCGGCUCUUCAGCCCCAGCGACUCCCCUGAGCGGGUCCCGGCGUCGCCCCCGGUGUCUGAGCACAGGGGCAACGGGGGCAGGGCGCCCUCCACUGUGAGGUACCUGCCCCUCCCCGUCUCCCCCACAGACACAGGGGAGCCCCCCAAUCUCUCCCCCCAGCAGCAGAAGCGGGACCUUUACCGCCAGAUCCGCUCCCACAUCUGGAAGCAGCACGGCCGGGCCCCGGUUCACGGCUGGAGCCCCCCGGCCGUCCCCCAGGUUCGGGCGGAGCAGGCUGAGGGCCAGGACCUGCCCAUGCUGGCGCAGCUGCGGCUGCUGGACCAGAAAGAUCCCAGCACCAAGUUGUGGUGUGCCGUCGGGAUGGGGGUGCCUAGGACAGACGGCGGGGACUCGGGGGCACCCCAGCCUGCCCCACCGAGCCUGGUGUGGGUCUGCUCUGGGACACACUCGGCCAGCGAGGUCACAGUGAUGGACGCUGCCCGCGCCAACCUCGUCCUGGCCCAGUUUGUGCUACCCAACACCCAUGUGCUGUGUGCCGCCUGGCUGCCUGGUCACCGGCCACCCAGUGCCGAGAGCAUGGAGCUGGAACCCGAGAUCCUGGAAGACCCCCUGGCCCCCGACCCCCCAGAGCUAGAGGAGGAGAUGGGGACCCUGGACGCGGACAGUGACGGCAUUGGCACCACGGACACUGUCUGGCUGGGCACCCAGGAGGGCAGCAUUUCCAUCUAUUCAGCUGGUUCCGACUGGCGCCGGUGCCUGCGGACGGUGCAGCUGAAGGACGCCGUGCACAGCGUGGUCCACGCCCAGGGCCGCGCAGUGGUUGCACUGGGGAACGGGACCGUUGUCGUCUUCCACCGGGACGUCGCUGGCUGCUGGGACCUUCAGCGCCCCCGGCUGCUGGACUUGGGGCGCCCCCACCAGUCCAUCCGCUGCGCGCUGGCUGUGGGGGGCCGGGUCUGGGUUGGCUACCGCAACCGGGUCUACGUGGUGGAGCCGCGCAGCGCCAGGGUCCAGUGGUACUUUGAGGUGACCGGGCACCCCGAGAGCCAGGUGAGGCACAUGGUGUUGGCGGGCGACGGAGUCUGGGUCUCGGUGCGGCUGGACCCCACCCUGCGCCUCUUCCAUGCAGCCACGGGCCAGCCCCUGCAGGAGAUCGACCUGACCCCCUUCGUCCACAGCAUAUUCGGCCCGAACACUCUGGGUUUCUCCCUGCACGUCUCGGCCCUGGGCUGCUUCUCCCAGCGGCUGUGGAUCGGAACAGCCAGCGGCACUGUCUUGACCGUGCCCUUCGCGCCGGAGUUCUCAGGGCGCUCAGAGCCCGCCCCGGCCACGGGGUCCCAGCCGGGCCCCUCGCCCGCCAGCACCCCCUACUGUGCGAUGGAGAGCGCCCAGGCUUCCUACCACGGGCACCGUGAUGCCGUCCGGUUCUUCGUCUGCGUCCCAGGCUGCCUUAACUCUUCGCUGGCCGGGAGCAAUAGCCAGGAGGAGCGGGCUGGGCAGAAGCAGCCCACAGCUUUGGUGCUGAGCGGAGGAGAGGGGUAUAUCAAUCUCCGGAUUGGGGAUGACACGGACGAUCAGUUUGGGGACCUCUUGGUGGCCAACCCCCAUCUGCGCCGCUCGGUGCGCAGCCACCUCAUUGUGUGGCAGGUCCGGGCCUGAGGCUGGGGUGAUGGGCGCAGACGCUGGGCCCGGCCUGCCCUGUGAGGGGCACUGUUUGCUCCCUGGGGAGCCACUGUGUCCACCCCAUCACACUCAGAUACCAGCUCUGGUCUUGUGGGGGUAGAUCCUUCCAGCUCCUGAUGGGGGGGAUGUGUGUGUGUGUGGGGGGCUGAGUUAACCCCCUGCUGCCCAGGGUCAGGAUGAUGCUGUGACCCGAGUUGCUGGUGUUCAGUGGCUGCCGAGGGGGCUGGGGCGGGGGGAGAAUUGGCCUGUCUCCCUCCAGCCCCCCACCCCAUUCAUCUACUGGAUCUUCCCCAUGUCCCUUUGCAGCUGCUGCCCCCACCCCCGUUCCCUGCCAGUCUGAGCCCCCCACCAACACCUGCCCCAUACCUCACCAGAACCCCUGGCCCUGCCCCCUUGCCCAACCCCCACCCAAACUCCCCUUCCCACCUUGCCUUGCCCCUGCUAGACCAGCCCCUCCUCACCAUGUCCCCCCCUGCCUGUCCCCCACAUGCCGCCCCCCCCCCCCAACAAAGCCUCCCCAUCACAGCUCUGUCUGUCCCACCUUCUGGCCCUCCCUCGCAGCAGGGGGACCCCACCUCCAAGCCUGGCUACUGUAGCUCCUCUGUGCCUUUAAAGGGGGGCGGGGCCACUGUCACACUCAGGAGUAUAGAUGGCAGCUGCCACCAGGAAUAUUGUUUACAAGCUCCGCCCUCCCUUCCAGGACCCAUACAGGUCUCAGGGCCCCUUCCCCUGCUGCCACCUAAUUUACAUCCCUCACCUCUGGCUGCAUAGACUCCGCCCUCCCUGGCAGGCUUCACCCACAUCUCAGAACCCCUCCCUCUUUUGUCCUUUUACAUGCAAAGCAGGUGGGGUAGGGUGGAGUCCUUGGCCCUUGGGUUCUCUCCCUGGCUCUGCUAGAUCCUCCCCAUGCUCUGUGCCUCAGUUUCCCUUCUGGGCACUGCAGCAGUGGAUCCCCAGGCCCUUUCCUUAAGGCUUUAGGGCUUGGAGCCUGGCCCUGAAACCACCCAAUGGACUCCAUACUGACCUUAAGCCGGGGGGUUGGGGUCUCCUUGUACCCCCCCACCCCGGCACUGGAGACACAGUGGGGGCAGGCUAUAGGGGCUUUUUCCCUGCACUGAGUUACCCCUAACACAGAUCCUCACUGGGGUUAUGCCAGCUGCCCCCUCCCCAGGGCUUCUCUGCCUCGUGGGGGGCACAGGCAUGGGGCGCCCCAUUGCUGCUACACGCUCAGGGUUGGGCUCUGUCCCAUCUGUGAGUCUGUCUGAGCCGCGCCACCCCUGGCCGCGUCUGGGAAUCUUUCUGUGGGACAAUUUCUAAUAAAGCUUUAUUUUUCUGGGCUAAAA